GGAGUAAUAGAAGUUUUCAUAACAAGUUGACGAGGCUGAACCCAGAGGCAGGGAAGAAGUAAUCACAAAGAUGAUUAGUGCAACUAUAAGAGGAGCUUUGCGGCCGUGUAGAAGUCUGCUGGAAGCGCGAAGUUCACCUGCAGUACAGGCAGUGAGAAACAGAUCACAUUUGCCACUCAAUACUGUCGUGCUGUUUGUACCACAACAAGAGGCUUGGGUUGUGGAACGAAUGGGAAAAUUCCAUCGGAUACUUGAACCUGGAAUUAACGUACUGAUUCCUUUCUUAGACCGAGUCAAAUAUGUACAAAGCUUAAAGGAAAUUGCCAUAGAUGUUCCAAAACAAGCUGCAAUUACUUCUGAUAAUGUGACAUUGAGCAUAGAUGGAGUGUUGUAUCUGCGUAUUUUGGAUCCAUACCGAGCAAGUUAUGGAGUAGAAGAUCCAGAAUUUGCCAUCACACAGCUAGCACAAACUACAAUGAGGUCAGAAUUGGGAAAAAUUUCCCUGGAUUACGUAUUCCGUGAGAGAGAAAAUUUAAAUAUUGGUAUUGUUGAGGUAAUCAACAAAGCCUCUGAAGCUUGGGGCAUCACUUGUCUCCGUUAUGAAAUCCGAGACAUCAAACUUCCUGGUCGGGUUCAAGAAGCUAUGCAGAUGCAGGUUGAAGCUGAAAGACGAAAACGAGCAGCCAUUCUUGAAUCUGAGGGAGUGAGAGAAGCUGAGAUCAAUGUUGCUGAGGGAAAGCGAAGAGCUCGUAUUUUAGCAUCAGAAGCUGAUAAGAUAGAAAAAAUCAAUGCAGCUGAGGGUCAAGCUCAAGCCCUGGGGAUUAUCAGUCAGGCUCUUGAACAUAAGGAAGGUCUCAAUGCAGCAUCGUUAUCAACAGCACACUCCUAUAUUCAGGCAUUCCAGAACAUGGCUACUAAGAACAACACCUUAAUUUUGCCAGCUAAUGUUUCUGAUGUAACUGGCAUUGUUGGGUCUGCUGUAACUACUUAUAAAGCCCUUUCCAAAACCCUCCUCACCUUGUCUGACAAAGAGGAAUCUGGAAGCGAGUCUAAAUUAGAAAAUGAGGAAGAUACUGUAGAUAAACCAUAAAAUGCAUUGUAUAUAUUUUUGCAGAAAGAGGAUGUUUGUUUGUGGGAAAAUGUUUAAUAGAAUGCAAAGUCUUGUACUUUUCAAGUAGUUCAAGCCUAGUGUAAUACUUCUUUCCUUUCUUGAGUUUUUGCAUAUGCAUUAAACUUCACCUAAUAAAAUUUGAACCUUCCAGAUGACCAAUAUUAUUUAUAUCCUGUCUGAUAAAAAAAACAUUUUGACUUGAACCCCUUAACUCUUGUUUCUGGUAAGAAAUAUGUAAGUGUAAUCUGUUUUUAGUUGAUAAAUUCUGCACAUUUAUGAAGUUUUCUUUGGUUCUUUAUUUUGGACUCUUCAUCAUAAAUUAUGUUUAGUGAGGAUUGAAUGAGUUUACAAAAUACAAUGAAAUGGAUACAAAAUUAUUUUGUGUACAUGCAAGUAACUUUAGAUUCAGUACAUCUAUGAAGAAGCUAGAAGUGUUUUUAGUUCUUCAACCCCAUAGAAUCCGGGUGACCUGAUCAUCAUGUCAUGAAAAAAAUUUGGCUUGAGGGACAGGUGAUGCUAACUAGAGGUGUUUAUAUGUCCCUGGCCAACAAGCCGCACACCUAGCAGAGUGGCUGGUCAAGUAAGCCUAAUGCCCCUAUUUUGGGCCACAUGAUGGUAGUGAAGCAUCUGGAUCCAAUGGGUUAAUCUUAACUCUUCUUCAAAAAAUAUGUUUAGUGGGAAAUGAACAAUUGUCUGCAGUGCACAGUGAAAUGGAUACAAGAGUAUUUGUUGCUUAUGCAAGGAAUUUAUGAAUAUUAUAUAAAGAAUUUAUAAUUAUCUUGUAGCACACAUUGAUUGCCUGACAAAUACAUAAUAUUUGGUGCCUCAAUAGAUUUUAUAAAAUCUGGAAGGCAGUAAACCUUCCAGAUAAAUGUGAUAACUUUAGAAGAAAAGCAACUCUCCAUAACUGUUGCUCCACAUGCCUACCCAACUAAUAUCAUUGUGUAACAUAUAGAUAAACUAGAAAUUUUGAAAAAGAGAGCAGGGUUCUGAAUCAACUGCUGCUAUCUCUUUCAUUUUAAUUCUUUCAGUAGAUUUUAGAAUUCUUCCUCACUAGGAGACAGUUAUUUCUAAGAAAUGCAUUGGGAUAUUAGAUUUGAUGUUUAUUACUUGGUUGGGAAAUUUCAAGUUGUGUUGUGGUUUAUACAACUGGAUAGUUGUGAAAGUUUGACAUUACGCAUUUUUGUACUUAUUUAUAGGAUUUCAUAGGAAUGUCAUCUCUGUACAUUUACCCACCUCAUAUAUUGAUAAAUUAUGUUACA